AUGGGCAAGGUCAAGAUGGAUUCUGCCGCUGCCGAGCGCAUCCGCUCGGCCCGCGGUACUUCAGAUGGGUUUGCCAAGCGUGCGAGUGACGCCGCGCGGCGUAAUGAGCAGAGCCAAUCUUCUUCCCAACGGGGCUCAACCUCCAGCAGUGGGAGCAGUGCCAGCAGUGGCUCCGGUGGCAAGUCCGGCGGUGGGAAGAAGUAA